AUGGCUUCCUCGAUGAAGGGAAUACGGUCUGCUCAAGAGAAACGAUUUUUCGACCACUUUGUGAAUGUCACGUAUCGCACUUUGACACUUCCUCCCAAAUAUGACGGUCCAACGAUCUUGUCAGAAAUUGUUUCUAUGUGCUCGGAGGAUACAACAGUUCUGAAGACAGUGCUUUGUCUGGGAGCAUCACAUCUGAUCAACCACUUGGCGUCCAACGCUACUGAGGAUAGAACCCUCGUAGCUGAAAAGAACAGACUUCGACAAGAGGCCGAGCGGGAAUUAUCCUCACGUGCUGCUACACUGCAUAGUCUCGGUAGUCGAACAACACAACAUCAGACACAAUACCAACCCUUACUUACGAGCUACCUCUUACUUUACCUGUUUGAAGUAUCGGAAAGUACAGGCAACGGGGCAUGGCAGACGCGAUUAGACGAAGCAAGGGAUAUUAUUUCAAACGCACUGAAAGAGGAUCGAGGGCUCUCAGGGGUCCGAGGCGAGACUUUUGACAAGGACAAGGAUAUCCUAAAGGUUUCGUCUGAUGACGAUCUGGCGAUUGCCGAACCUCUUCUACAAUUUUUCAUUUACCAUGACGCCAUUGGAAGGCUUAUCAUCAGCGGGAUCAUCCAGGCCGUGUCCAUCUGGCAAGAUAUCGGCAAGUGGGAGCCUUUGGAAACCGACUCUGAAGUAUCCUCUGGUUACUGCACCAUGUGCGAUUUAUAUGUUGUGGCAUGCUUUAUCUGGCUGUAUUUCAUGCUCCAUCCCGAUACCUCAGAUGAUGAAAAGGUGCAGACGAUGGUCCGUAGGGGCCUGGAGAGCCUAUCAUCUAUCGAAGAACCCGAAUUGCAGUCUUUUGCACUCUUCCCAGUCUUCAUUAUUGGAGUUGCGUGUACACGGCAAGAAGACAGGGAACAAAUCGAGGAAGAGCUAGAUAUCAUUGAGCAAACUCGCAGGUUUGGUAAUAUUCGAGUAUGCAGAAGAAUUAUUCAAACCUCUUGGACGGCAUACAACCAAGGAGACAAACAUAGCUGGGAUUGGAUUCGUCUUCUGGAAACAGGGGGUAUGAGUGUGCCCUUGGGUUGA